UUGUUCAGCACCCAAAGUCGAAGGAUAGCUCUGGCCUUUCAAUGGAAGAAAGUGCUAGAUUUGUCAGUGUUGUAUAAUAUAACCAAUUCUCAGUGUCCAUAUUUGUUUUUUGGAACGACCGGAAUUGUCUUCGUUUAUUGUGAGAGACAGAAUUGGCGUCAAACAUGCGUAAAAAUCAACGCUGUCCAAGCAGGGAACCACCGAGGAAGGAAUUAUCGCCGCUCAUCUGAGGCCAAUCUCGAUUAUUUUUUGUCAAAUAAGGAAACACAACAUAGCCAGCUGGCUAACGUUAGCUCCGCAGAUAGCUAGGUUAACGACACAUCUUCACGCAGAAAAGGCAGAAUCCGGCAGAUAAUCAGGAUUGGAUCGACUUUCGCACGGGAGCAGGAAAACCUAUAGGCAGCAAUGGGUGCGUUCCUGGAUAAGCCGAAGACGGAGAAACACAGUGCCCACGGCGAGGGCAAUGGGCUGCGCUACGGCCUGAGCUCCAUGCAGGGCUGGCGAGUGGAAAUGGAGGACGCCCACACGGCGGUGGUGGGCCUUCCCCACGGACUCACCGACUGGUCCUUCUUCGCCGUCUACGACGGCCACGCGGGCUCCCGGGUGGCCAACUACUGUUCCGGCCACCUGCUGGAGCACAUCUUGUCGGGAGGCGCCGACUUCGCUUCAGGACCCAGCUCCGUGGAGGGCGUGAAGGACGGCAUCCGCUCGGGCUUCCUGAACAUUGACGAGUACAUGCGCAGCUUCUCCGACCUGCGGCAGGGCCUGGACCGCAGCGGGUCGACGGCCGUGUGCGUGCUGCUCAGCCCGACCCACCUCUACUUCAUUAAUUGCGGCGACUCGCGGGCCGUGCUGAGUCGAGACAACAAGGUGGGCUUCUCCACCCAGGACCACAAGCCCUGCAACCCACGGGAAAAGGAGCGCAUCCAGAAUGCCGGCGGCUCGGUCAUGAUCCAGAGGGUAAACGGUUCCCUGGCUGUGUCCCGGGCCCUGGGGGACUACGACUACAAAUGUGUGGAUGGUAAGGGCCCCACGGAGCAGCUGGUGAGCCCCGAGCCCGAGGUGUGCGUGUUGGAGCGAGCGGCCGAAGGGGACGAGUUCGUGGUGCUGGCGUGCGACGGGAUCUGGGACGUCAUGUCCAACGAGGAGCUGUGCGAGUUCGUCCGCUCGCGGCUGCUGGUGUGCGACGACUUGGAGAAGGUCUGUAACGCAGUGGUGGACACGUGUCUGCAUAAGGGGAGCAGGGACAACAUGAGCGUGGUGUUGGUGUGUUUACCCGGAGCUCCCAAGAUCUCAGAGGAGGCAGUGAAGAAGGAAGAGGAAUUGGAUAAAUUCCUGGAAACCCGUGUUGAAGAGCUCCUGGGAAACUGUGGCGAGGCAGGAGUUCCUGACCUGGUGUCGGUCCUAAGGAGCAUUGCUUCAGAGAACAUCCCUAACCUUCCACCUGGUGGAGGACUGGCCAGCAAGCGGAGUGUGAUCGAGGCCAUGUACAACAAGCUGAACCCUCAUAGAGAAGAAGAAGGGGCUUGUGCGGGGGGAGAGGAGGAGGAGGAGAGUGAGGAGGGAGGUGGCAACACGGGAGCUCCUCUGCGGGAGGUUCUGCGGCAGUUCCGCCUGUUCCACCGGGGGCAGUACCGCACGGUGCUGGAGGAGGCCUUGGCUGCCUACCACCUGCGGGGGGAGAGUGCUGCCGAGGGAGCAGGGGAGAGCAAGAGGACCUCCGGCGACGGCGGCGGCGGCGGCGGCAACGACGACGACGACGACCAGGAACAGUCCGCCUCCCCUCCCUCUCCCCCAUCGCCCCCGCCCUCACCCGCUACUGCAGAGCCGGAGGCCAGCCAAGACGCGCCCUCCCCUAAGUCUGACCCCUCCUCUGACUGAGCACCCGCCCGCAUUCCCACCCAUCCUACCCCAGAGCUCCAGUCAGAUAUGCUAUGACCUCUCCUCCUUUGUCUCUCAUCGCAGAACUUGAAUGGGCACAUUGGCCAUUUCCAACUCCAUCACAGUUACUCAGCUUUUAUUUUGAUAAUUAAAUGGAAACAAAAAAUGGCUCCACUGUCUAUUGAAGUUCUGUCUCCGUCACAUAUACAGUAUAUACCUUCCACCUGCUCAGGACUCUUUCUUUUUUUUUCUUCACUUGGCUUGGAUUCCCAGACUUGCUAGUCACUUUUACUACUUUACUUGACUUAACAACUAAAUGUUUACAAUAGAAAUGUAUUAACAACCGCUUACUAUUAUCUGCAAAAGAGGCUGGCGAAGCUAAAGUGAACCUUGCAUUCGAUGGCCUACGUUUACUUGUAUUUGCUUCUGGCUGACCCCUCCCCCUCCUCCUCCUCCUCCUCCUCCUCCUCCUCCUCCUCCUCCUCCUCAGCCGCCAGCCUCACCCUUACACCUGCUUACAGUGGACAAAACUGACUAAGAGAACUUUGCAACGCCCUGCACUGUCUCCGGGCCUUCUCUAGAGACUCAAACCACACUCUUUUGUGUACUUGUAUGUACGUACGUGUGUCUGCAUGAGCGACCGAGCAAGAGAACAGUCAUCAGUAUGGAAAUGUGUGAUACCUGGGAGUUGACCUGUUUAUCAGCAUGCCUCAGUGGUGUUGUGUUGGUCAAAAGAGUCUGGGUACUUAAUAAAAUAUAUGAAUAUAUAUAUAUAGAUAUAUAUUAAAAUCUGAAUAGGUGAUCAUUAAAAGAUUAAAGGUGCUCCUGGUGGUCAUCAUUCAGAUGGAUGUUAAUGAGCCCAUGCAGCAGUUACCCUGUAAGGCUGCGAGGGUCAUUAUGCAUCAGAAAUUACUGGAUGGUUGAAAAGCGGAGGGGGGAUAAAAAAAAAAAAAAGCAUAUUGAACUGAAAUGCUACGAGAACCUAGCCUUUCGAAGUGAAAUUAACGUCACUGCUAACAUGCUAGCGGAGACAGCGUUUGACUUUGAAUAAUAAGAGUGCAGGUCCUAUGAUCGAUAUAUAUAUAUAUUUUAGCAUACCUGUUGAAAACUACAAAAAUGUUAGCAGACAUUUAGCACUUUGGCAUGCUAACAUUUAGUGUGUAGAGUUUAGCCUGUUAGCUCGCUAAUGUGGAGGCAUUUUGUUAUGUUGACGCGGUAGUAGGGCUUCGCGUCGGAUUGUGUAAAGUGUUUUCUCCACAUAUCAAUCCAGCCACUAACUGCAAAGAUAUGCCACUCUUCACCGAAAAAUGUUGUGCGGGCCAACCGACCAUGACGUUACCGAAGUCACAGGUGGCUAAUGUACUGUUAAGCUGAUCAAAGCCAUCGUGUGCAGUCCAUGCCUUAAACUCCAGGUUUAGCCCGCACGUGGUAAAAUUACACGUCGACAAUUCAUACGUUCACAGUGUAGCUUCAAGUGUUAAUGGACCAGGUGUUCGUGAGUUUCCCACCGCUUCCUCUGCUCCUCUGCUAUCGGCACUACUCGACGCAAAGCCCACAUCUCACUCUUCACAGGUUAUGACAUCAUGACGCAAUCUCAAACACUUACCUCAUUGUGAAAGUCGGAUGGAAAUAGACUGCUUAACCUACAGUGUUUAUUCUUCUGUGGGAGCAGGCGGAGGGAGGUUAUUGUGCCCAGUGACUCUGGCAAUGCAUGCUAAUGGACUUUAUCUUUUCAAUAUCUGAAGCACUCAACUGUCAGAGAGGGUGUUUAUGCUAAACACUGUGCUUAUGUGUGCGCGUUUGUGUACGUAUGAGUUGUAUUUGUAUUGCGGUUACGUGGGGCGAAUCAGUCCCGCAAAAUGAACAAAAUAAAAAUCGAUUUGAGGUAAAAAUGCUACGAUUUGUGUCCCGUGUAUGAGUUGUCUGACUUGUCUCUCCUCUUCUGGUCCCGUAAGCAGCUCUCAGUGUAGUUUUCGGGGGGAUGC